UGAGGGAAAAUGUACACAUAGAGAAGAAAACACUGCAUUUUUGCUACUCUGCUGUUCUAGAUCUGAGAGGGGAAAAAACAACCCUUGCUUUCCAUUUUGCCUCUCUUGUUGCUUGUUGUUGGUUUUUUUUUUUUAGAUGUUUCUCCUCUUUCAACUUGUCAUUUCUCUUAAAGCAUUUCAUCAUGCUUUUGCUCAGUUAAUAUUGAUUCUUUUCCCAGACUUGUUUUACUUUGGUUCCCAUACAUGUAGUGAGAUACUGGACAGAACAUCUGUAGACUUGUGGGGUGAGCCCAUUUCCUAUGCUGUUUAUCUUUUAUGUUUAACUUUAUUUUAUUUUAUUUUUUUAAAUUCUGCCUCGGACUUGUAUGACUGCUGUUGAAUUUCUGUUUCAUCUUAGAAUCAUAGAAUAUCCUAAGUUGGAAGGGACUCAUAAGGGCCAUCAAGUCCUGGCUCCACACAGCACCACAAAAGAAUCAGACCAUAUGUCCUGAGAGCUUUGUCCAGAUGCCUCUUGAAUUCCAGCAGCUUGGUGCCAUAACCGCUGCCCUGGGCAGGCUGUUCCAGGGCCUGAACACCCUCUGGUGCAGAACCACUCCCUGACCCCCAGCUGCCCCUCCCCUGACACAGCUGCAUGCCGUUCCUUCAAACCCUGUUGCUGUCACACAGAGCAGAGCUCAGCGCUGCCCCUCGGCUCCCUGUGAGGAGCUGCAGCCGCCAUGAGGCCUCCCCUCAGCUCCUCUGCUCUGGGCUCAGCACACCCAGGGACCUCAGCUGCUCCUCAUGCCACUCCAGACCCAUCACCAUCUUUGUUGCUUUUCUUUGGACACUCUGUGAUAGUUUUAUGUCUUUUUCAUACUGUGGUGCCCAAAGCUGUGGCCUGCUCAAGCUAAGGCCGCACCAGUGCACUGUAGAGCAGGACAGUCCCUUCCCUCACCCAGUGGCUGUGCUGUGCUUGAUGCACUACAGUGUGCAGUUGGCCUUCCUGGCUGCCUGGACACACUAUUGACUCAUGUUCAACUUGCUGUCAGCCAAGACUCCCCAGAUCUCUUUCAGUGAUGCUGCUCUCCAGUGCCACACCCCCCAGUCUGUACGUAAUUGCCAGGGUUGCCCCUUUUCAGGUGCAUAAUCCGGCACUUGCUCUUGUUAAACUUUGUGUCGCUGGUGAUUGCCCAGCUCUCUCAUUUGCCUAGAGGCCUGCAAGGCCUCUUCACCCUCAGUGGAGUCAACGGCUCCUCCCAGUUUUAGUAUCGUCAGUAGUCUUACUCAAAACACCCUCUAUUCUUACAUCCAAAUCAUUUAUGAAGACAUUAAAGAGAACUGACCCUAAAAUGAAGCCCUGGGGAGCCCCGUUAGUGACUGGUUGCCAGUCUGAUGUAGCACCAUUUACUACAACCCAGAUCAUGCUGCCCUUCUCAGCUGUCCUAUAAUUUGCUGGAUCCAGCAUGCUUUUGCUGGUUCUUCAGUUGUUUUUUGUUGUUUCUCUAGGUUGUUUUUGUUUUUGUUUUCCUUUCCUACAAUACUACUUGAAAGGGUACUACUCCUCCUUGUUUGGUUGUUAACAUAACAGGACACAACUUUAUAAGGAUAUGGGUCCUGAUCUUUUGAGGCGGUCCACAGAGACCUCUCUGUCUUCACAGAGCCCCACGAGAUUGAAUUAAAUUUCUCAGGGGAAUGGAGACAGAUACACAGAUAGUUCUGCUUACUAAUUAAGUGACAUGAUCUUUUGAGUUUAGAUUUGAGAAGGUUAGCUAUUUAGAAUGCCCCUAGCAGGUUAGCUGGCAUUCUACAGUGAGGUUGCUUUGUUUUAGUCAUUGUAAAGAGAAUGACUUUUGUACAAGGCCAUAAUGAAUCCAAAAUAUUGUCAAAAAAUAUCCAAAUAUCCAAACUAUCCAAAGAGCAUUCAGGCUGUUCUGUGCUAGUAUGGUUUUAUUUUUCUCUUCCCCUUGAAGACCCAAUUGUCAAAAGCCCAGCUCUGAGUCUUUGUUUUUUUUUGUUGUUUUGUUUGUUUGUUUAAUGACAGCAACUUAUCUUUGUGUGAGAGUGAAAAUUACUGUAAAGAGUUGAAGCUGAGGUCAUUCAAACCCUCAGUUUCACACAUGCUCUGACAUUUCUUCACACGACACCUGUGUGCAGAAUUUCACAGAAUUAUCACUUAACCCGAUGGGACCUCUGUUUCUAUUUAGGAUAUAUUCUCCAGAGGUGUUUGUAAAUAGGAAUUUUUGUCUAUUUCUGCAACUGAAAUGAGAGACAAAGAGAAGGCCAAAGAAGUACAGAGACAUCUCAAUAGAGAAAAUAGUGAGCACAAAAUGUUUAGGGAGGAACAAAAAGGAAAUAAAUCUAUCAAAAUGGAGGAAGUCCAGUCUGCUGACAUAAUUAAUGAAAAAGGGAGUCCCCAAAAGGAGACCCGUGCAUGAAAGAGGCUGGAGACUUUUACAGUUGUUUGAAGGGAGGUGCAAGCAAGCCAGCGCUCUGUGGCCAUAAUUGCAGAGAUGAUCCACACGGCUAGCCUCGUUCAUGACGAUGUUAUUGAUGAUGCAAAUUCUCGCAGAGGAAAAAUGACAGUCAAUCAGAUCUGGGGAGAGAGGAAGGCAGUUCUAGCUGGUGAUUUCAUCCUAUCAGCUGCUUCCUUAGCUUUAGCACGAAUUGGAAACACUACUAUCAUCUCUGUUCUAACUCAGGUGAUUGAAGAUCUGGUGCGUGGUGAAUUCCUCCAGUUGGGUUCCAAGGAAAACGAGAAUGAGAGAUUUGCUCACUACCUCGAGAAGACUUUUAAGAAGACUGCGAGUCUGAUAGCAAACAGUUGUAAAGCAGUUUCAAUUCUAGGCUGCCCAGAUCCCAAAGUUCACGAGAUCGCAUACCAGUACGGAAAAAACGUUGGCAUUGCUUUUCAGCUAAUAGAUGAUGUGUUGGAUUUCACAUCGUGUGCUGACCAUCUUGGGAAACCGGCAGCAGCAGAUCUCAAGCUUGGGUUAGCCACAGGCCCUGUCUUGUUUGCUUGUCGACAGUUUCCAGAAAUGAAUGCCAUGAUAAUGAGACGAUUCAGUAAGCCAGGAGAUGUUGAACGUGCUCGGAAGUACGUGUUGCAGAGUGACGGUGUGCAGCAAACAACCUACCUCGCCCAGCGCUACUGCCACGAAGCGACGAGAGAGAUCAGUAAACUGCGCCCAUCCCCUGAAAGAGAAGCCCUCAUUCAACUGACAGAAAUGGUACUCAUGCGAGACAAGUGAGAGAACUCCUUCCACUCGUUCUGGCAGCUACUUACCAGACUGUGCCUACAUUUCCUUCAAGUGAUUUGCUUCCAACGCAGGCUACCAAAAAUUAUUUUUUUAAGAAACUUUUGGGGUUUUUUUUUUGGGGGGGUGGGAGGAGUUCUACUUUCUUUUUCUAAAAGAUAAAAAUAAAAAAAUGGAAGUGUUUUAUUGCAGGAAGCCACACAGUUCAGAGCAAAUCAGAUCGUGCUGUACAAUCGUUUUAGUGGGGGCUAUUAAUUGUGGGGUAGGGGAAGAUGUUUACAUGUUGAUGCACAAAGGCCACAAUGAGAAUAAAUAUAAAUUAGUGUAUGAAAAUUGAA